AUGGCUGUCCUCUCCCUCCGCCAGGUCCACGUGUUCGAUCCCUCCUCCCCUCAGCGGCGUCCCGUCCUGGAGGCCGAGUACGGCGAGUACCCGCUCACCGCUCUGUCCCUGACCGCCGCCGGGAGCACGGUGGUGGUGGGGAACACGCACGGCCAGAUCGCCCUGCUGGACCUGAGGAAAGGUUUGGUCCGCGGCUGCCUGAAGGGGCUGGCGGGCGGCGUGCGGGGGCUGCAGUGUCACCCCUCCCAGCCCGUGGUGGCGUCCUGCGGCCUGGACCGCUUCCUCCGCAUCCACAGCCUGGAGGACCGCAAACUGCAGCACAAGGUCUACCUCAAGUCCCGCCUCAACUGCCUGCUGCUCUCCAGCGGGGACCUGGAGGACGCGGCGGGGGCGGCGGCGUCCCAGGAGGUGAAGGAGGAAGAGGAGGGAGAGGAAGACGAGGUGUGGCAGAGCAUGGAGCAGGUGGAGGAGAGGCCGAAGAGAAAAACAACAGACGAGGAGGAAGAGGAAGAGGAGAAAAACAGCAAGAAGAAGAAGAAGAAGAGAAAGAAAGGACAAGACUGAGCGUGGGACGUUUGACCGUCAGACUGAGACACGUGACAGACUUCUGUCUCCAGAGGAGGAGGUUUUGUUGAUGGAUCUGUCUCUACAGAUGUAUUUUGUAAUAUUUGUCAGCAGUCUGAGAGCUUUAUUAAAAUGACAGCGUGUAUUAUCCAUUUUAACGGCCAAUUCUGCUUUUCUUUAUUUUUAAAUCAGCUCACUUUUUCUCACCUGAGAUGAGAAAAGUGUACAAACAAAAAUCUGAUUCAGCUUUUAUUAUUAUUAAAAGAACUAAUGCAAUCACUCA